UGCGGCUGAUCAGCAGCUUCCCUUUAUUUCAGCAUUUGUCCUCAGCGUCUGUAGCCGCCUGGAGAGGUGAGUGUCGCCCAUCUCCUGGGCCGGAAGGGUCUUCACUCCAACUGGCAGUGUCUGGAAAAAUGGGUCUUGAGGUGCGGAUAGAGUGAAGUGGACAGAAGGUGCCAUUUUGUCUGUAUAGCUGGAAGAAGGAAAACAAUGGCCUCUGCAAGGAAGGUAGCCGAGAAGCGGCAUAACCCAGUGGAAAGCAUUUGCAGGAAAAUCAUAGCCAUCCAAAAGAGAGAAGAGACUUCCAGUCCGGGUCGACAGAUUACCAAAUAUCAAUCUAGCAGUUUCAAUAGUCCACAGACUAACACCAAGAAAGACUUUGAGGAGGUAUUGAAGAAGAUGACCGCUUCUCACAGCCCUAUGCCCAACACUCCCUUUCCCAGUUCUGAGGAAGAUGACGCCUUCAUCUCAUCUCCUCUAACAGUGUCUCCAACAAGCCCACCCAUCUCUCAUCUCAGCUCUCCUGAAAAUGCAGCAGGUGCUGUUAUCCUCCCAAGUUCUGAAAACAUCUCAAGGCCACGAUCACAGAGCUCCGAGACUUACACAUCACUGGUAUCACAGAUCAGAAAAGGAGAACGCUUCUCUAACAAGGAUUUGAACAACCAUUGCAGUGAAAAUAAUCUUCAUGCCUUAGCACUUGACUCUGAUUCUACCUCUGAUCAAAGUUCUGAAUUUGUUACUCAGGAUUCAGUGGCGAAAAAGUUAUCUCUGAGUGAAGAUGGAUGGAAACUAGGAACUGAUGAUGGUAUGGAGGAGGUAACCUACAGCUUUAAUAGGACCCGUAAAGAAGAGUUACUCACCAGUAUUUUUCAUGAGUGUGACACGAAAUGCAAAGGCUCAGUAGGGAUGGCCAAAAUAAUAGAUCACCUAGGACAAACAACAAGUCAAGAUUCUGAGGAGCCAUGGAGCACACUUGAUCCUGAAACAACAGACCUGCAAGUGGAUCUGGAAACUUCCCAUGCCACCAGGAAAGAAUGGACAGCUUGCUGCAGCUACAAAGGGGAAGGAGCGAACUGUGGCUCAAGCAACGGCACCGCGGACUCUGUUUUUGAACAGGUCCGCCUACAGUCACGUGGCGCAAGUGCAAUGACCACAGAUGCAACGGCAUCUCCAUCCCGGGACUUCGAGGCUUCGGGUGGAGACGUGUCUAGAGGGGUCUUAGAGGUCUCCGAUUUGAUCACCUAUGUAGCAGACCUGCAUUUCAACAAGCAGAAAUUAGAGGAGGAAAAUAAUAAGCUUAAACUGGCGUUAGAAACCUUGGAAGAAGCUAACAGUCAGUUGUCAGAGGAUUGUACUGAAUUGCGCCUUCAGAUAAAAAGUGCCCACCAGGCUAUUAUGAGAACAAAUCUGUUAAAAGAAGAACUGGAGGAACUGAAAAUUAGUAUGAAUGCUUCAGAGGAGCAGAAGACCACGAUCCUAGCCCAGAACAAACAAUUGGAGACAGAAAACCGGGCCUUGAUUCUUGAGAUUCGGGUUCUCCAAGAAGAGAAUACUAAAAACAUUACGGAUAUAUACGAACUGGAAAAGAAGAUUGAGGAGCUCUCUGAAACCGAGACAGAGCGCCAAAUGCAGUUACACACGUAUGAGAACACUUUGCUUGAUAAGGAUGCAAGCUUGCAGAAGAAGGAUUUAAGUAUAGAAGAACUUCAGUCAACCAUCAUAGAGUACAGGAACGUUACAGAGAAUUUACGAGGGGAUAAAAACAAACUGAUUCAGGAGUUACAGCGCCUGCAGCAGGAGCUCCUCGUAAAUGGGAUCCAGUUGACUGUUGGUGGCAAACAUAAUAGCAUCGUCUCUGAAGGAGAAAAAUCCCUGCACUGUGAACUCAUUCUUGCUCAGUCUUCAGAGAACAAUGAGACUGAAUGUCAGGGCAGUUCAAUCAGUCUGUCAUCUCUGGACACGAUGAUGGACCAAGGAAUGCUGCUGUUACUGAGAGACCUUGAACAAAAGGGAGUGGAAUUCACAGCUAUGCUUCAGGAACUGCAUGAAGAAGUUUCUGAAGUUGAAACCUUCAUUUAUAACCAUUUACAGUGGGUAACAAAUACAGAAAUUACUGUGGAAGAAAAGUGGGAGAACAAGCUUAUUGAAUUCAAAUGUAUCAUGGAAGAAAAGCAAACCCUUUGUAUACCAAUGCUGAACAACUUGGGAAAGCACAGAGAAUCUCUUGAUAAACAGCUUGUCAAAUUGACAGAGAUUUUGAAGAGAUUCAGGCUGGAAUAUUUUUCUUUCAGAAAAGAAUUUCUUUCCAGGAAGAAACAAAUAGAAGCCAUUAAAAAACUGCAAGAAGAUACUGUCAGUCAUGAAGCCAUCCUCAGGAAGAAAGCUCAAGAAGACAGCCAAUGGCUGAAGGACACAGAGGAUCAGGUAGGGUGGCCUUUCACUACAUUAUAUUCAGGGGAAGUCUCCUCAGAUGUCCUAAAACCAUGA